GAAGAAGGAGAAGAAGAAGGAGGAGUCGAUGAUGACUGAAGUGAAGGAGUACCUGUCUCACCAUCACAUCCCUCAGCUGUUGGAGAGUCUGUUAACAGGUUUGCUGUACCAUCGCCCUGAGGACCCCGUCAGCUUCCUGCAGAGCUGCCUGAUCAAAACCAGACAGCUGGGGGGUCCUGAGGCUGUCACAUGGGAUGCUUUCAUCACCCUGGAGAGAAACCAAUUGAGCCCUGGACCCCCUAAAACAACAUUUCCGGUACCAUCACUACCUCCAAGAAAACCCCAGACAACACAAACACCACCUCCAAGACCCCAAAUACCGUGCACAACACCAUCAAUGACCCCCAAAACAACUCUACCCCCUAUAGCACCAUCAGUACCUCCAAUAAAACCCCAGACAUCCCAACCGACAUCCCCAAUACCUCCUAUAACAGGACCAAUACCCCCAAAAACAACACUGAUACCCCCUAUUAAACCACAAAUAGCCCCACCAAGAUAUUCUGAACCCCCAAAGCCCAAAACAUCCGUUGAACCCAAAGUCCUCAUCCAAGCUCCAGCUGGACCUGCAUCAACCGCCCAACCUGUCCAUGCGGAAAUGAAGGAACAAGGAGACCCAAAGACCUUCAGCACAGAGGGUAAGAUACCUGACAAAUGUCUCUCUUUCACGAGGUCUACAUUACCAAGUCCACUUAGAGUUCAGAUUUUUAGGAUUUUGGCUCAUCUGAAGGUCCAGUUCUUCAGUUCCUCAGGAGGUCCAGUUCUUCAGUUCAGGUCCUCACAAGGUCUAGUUUUUCAGUUCAGGUCCUCAGGAGGUCUAGUCUUGAGGGGUCCAGCCUGAACAUAUGUUAGAGUUUGUAGUGGCAGUGUCAGAGACUCUUCUCACUGUCUCUCCUUCCAGCUCCUCAUCCUGGACCUCCUUCUUCUCCAGUCCGGUCUCAGCUCUCCAUAGACUCGGACUCUGACUUGACAGAAAGUUCUGGACUGCGGCAGGAAGUCAGCAUCAUCGGUCCUCAGAAGCCCCUCAUCAUCUUUAUCAUUGGUAAGAGGUCUCCAGGUCUCAGGCUCGGUGGUUGAUGGUUUUGUUCAGCGGUGUGAGAACUGAUUUUGAAAACUUCAGGUGGUCCAGGAAGUGGGAAGGGGAGUCAGGCGGCGAGGCUGGCUCGAUGCUUCAGCUUCAGAGUUAUCUCAUUGGACGAGCUGCUCAGGAGACAGCUGUUAAGCCACGCCUCCCCCAGCAGGAAGUGGAAGGUCAUUUCAGAAAUGAUGGGUCACGGAGAGCUUGGACCACAGGUUAGUCAACAAACCUGAACUCUGAACCACCAAUCAGCACCUGAACCUUAACCCAGACCCUCAAGACCUUUCUGUGAUGUCAUCAAACUUAGGAGGAGACAAUCUCAGAGCUGAGGCGACAGCUGAUUGGUCGACAGGAAGUCCGAGGGUUCAUCGUGGAGGGAUUCCCUCGAGAUGUCCACCAGGCUCUCUGCUUUCAGGAACAGGUACAUGGGGGUCCAUCAGAGAGACCAGGUCCUGUGAAGUCUGACCAAUAAAAA